AACAAGAAACUUAUUACAACUUAAAAUGGAAUCAGUUAAACUUGAAAAAGAAGAAAUAUUGGACGAAAAUAAUUCGAUAGAAAAUGUGUUGAUUAAACAAGAGAUCGAUUUAGAAGAAAUAUUUAUUAAAGAAGAAAUAUCAGAAGAAAGUGAUAAGUUAGAAGUUAAGAAUGCUUCAAAAGCUCAACGAGACAAACCACAUUCCUGUGGUUUUUGUGACAAAACAUUUAAAUGUCGAAGUGAUCUAGCUGGACAUCAACGAAUCCAUACUGGUGAAAGACCUUUCUCAUGUGCAGAUUGUGAUAAAACAUUUACGCUAGCGAGUAGUUUAAAAAGACAUCAAAUAAUUCAUAGAGAAGAAAGUGUAUUUUCAUGUGAAGUUUGUGAUAAAACAUUUAAUCAAAAAUUUUAUUUAGCUCAACACAAACGAAUUCAUACUGGAGACAAACCAUUUUCCUGUGAAGUUUGUGAUAAAAAAUGUCAAAAUCGAAGGGAUUUAGUCGUGCAUCAACGAAUCCAUACCGGAGAAAAACCUUUCUCAUGUGAUAUUUGUGGUAAAAAAUUUACUGUGGCAAAUAGUUUGAAUAGACAUCAAGUAACUCACACCGGAAAACGGUCAUUUUCAUGUGAAAUUUGUAAAAAAACAUUUAAUCAUAAAAAUUCUUUAGAUCGUCAUAAACUAACUCAUUCUUUUAGCCAACAAAGAAGUCACGUCGACAAAGAUUUUAUCGAUGAAGUUUUUGAAGAAAAAAUCGAUUUGGUUAAAGAAGAACUAAUUGACAUCGAUGAAAAACCAUUUUUACUUGACUUGAGUGAUGAAAAAAUGGAAAACAGUAAUAAAUUUCAAGAAAUAAUUACGAAAAGUGAACUAAUUGAAGAAGAAAAUGUACAAGAAGAAGUAAAUUUGGAACAAGUUUUGAUUAAAGAGGAAGCAUUCGAAGAAAAUGAUACAAUGGAACAUCCGAAAGAUACAACCGAACAAUUAGAGAUUAGAAUUGUUUCAAAAGUCCAAGUGAUUUAA